AUGGAUAAAAAUAAUAAAGUGUUUGGUAUUUUCAAUUUUAAAAGUAAUAAAAAUGAAUCCUUGUGUGAAAAUAAUGAACCUCAGGAAGGACUUGAAAAUACUUCUGUUGCUGAAGUUGAUCCUGAUGAUCCACCUGUUUUACCGGAUGUACAAAAGUUGCCUUCUGAGAGUAUUGAUAUUGGGGAUAUAAAUACAGGCCCGAUUCGCCCAAAGUUACAGACAUAUCCAAAAACUGUUUUUGGCAAACAAAACAGAGGAUUUUCAUCUACAUUGUUUGAUGGUUUUCCUUGGCUUGAAUACAGUAUUCAAAAGGAUGCUGUCUUUUGCUAUCCAUGUAGAGUUUUUGGAACUGGGAGGUCAGAAGGUACUUUUGUUACCAAAGGGUUUAGAAAUUGGAAAAAGAUAAGUGGAUCCAUUUCUAAGACUUCCAAAUUUAAUUCAAAGUCAAAAUUAGAAAUUCAUGCUACAACUAAACAACAUUUGAUUAAUUCAGAAAAAUGGGCCUCAUAUACUCAGAACAUAAAAUCAGGUUCUGUACACACUCAGAUGGCAAGUGCAUAUCGUGAAAAAGUAUUAAAAAAUAGAGCUUACAUAAAAAAUCUGAUUGAUGUAGUUUUGUAUUUGGGACGUCAAGGACUAGCAUUCCGUGCGCAUAACGAAGAAAAAACAUCAAUUAACCAAGGUAAUUUUAAGGAAGCUUGUGUUUUACUGUCUAAAUGUAAUGAAGAUUUUUCUACCAUAUUCAACGAAAAAACCAAUUAUACCAGUUGGUCAAUCCAAAAUGACCUUAUAAACAUCUCUGCCCAAAUGAUAAAAAACACAAUUGUCAAUGAGCUGAUAGAAAGUGGAUUUUUUAGUGUCAUGUGUGAUGAAGCAAGAUGUUUCAGACAAGAGCAGAUGUCAAUUUGUGUACGUUAUACCAAGAAUUUAAAUGUGUAUGAACGAUUUUUAGGUUUUAUUGAUGUGUCCGAGAAUCAAAACGCAGAUGCUUUGGCUACUGCUAUGGUCAGUUUUUUUGAAAUAAAUAAAAUAAAUGUACCUAUAGUAGCCCAAGCAUAUGACGGUGCUAAUGUUAUGUCGGGUAAAUUCAACGGAGUACAACAAAAAAUCAAAUCAAAAUACCCAUAUGCUGUAUACACUCAUUGCAUGGCACAUCGAAUUAAUCUAAUUGUUCUAGAUAUGUGCAAAUUGGUAAAGGAUACUAGAAUAGUAUUUAAUUGUCUUGAGACAUUGUAUGUUUAUUUUUCACACCCGGGUAAUGAUGCAAAAUUCACCGAGAUUCAAGUAAAAUUAGGUAUCAAAAAAACUUCUCUGACUCGUUUAAGUGAUACACGUUGGAAUUGUCGUGUAAGAAACUGUGUUGCUGUAAAAUUAAACUUUAAAGCUAUAGUUACAUUGUUAAAUGAUGAAAUCAACUCUUCCACAAAUAAAGAUGUUGUACAAGCAAUAGGCAUUAUGACUAUUAUUACUAAACCAUCAUUUAUUGUUAAUCUCAUUAUUUUGGAAGAAGUAUUACAAAUUAUAAAUAUAUUGUCUACUCAGCUACAAAAAAAAGAUGCUACAUUAGGAAGCGCUGUUACUUUAAUUGAAGGAGUCAUUAAAACCUUUGAGUCCUUACGCACAGAAGUUGAAUUUCAUAAUAUAUGGGAAAAGAUAAUCAAUUUUACCAAAAUCAAUAAUAUAAUACCAGAUUUCACAGGUCCCAAUAGUAAAACAAGUAAACGUCAACGCCAAUCAACAAGUAAUUUAGAAGAUUUUCAUGUUUUUGCAACUACAAGUUCUGAACAACAAAAUCAAAAUGAGUUUAAUCAAUAUACAGAAAGUUAUUGGAGGACUCAUUAUUAUCAAAUUAUAGACACUUUAAUAAUACAUUUUAAUAAGAGAUUUUCAUCAAAUAGCUUGGAAUUGGCAACAUCUAUUGAUUACUUUCAUAAAAUGAAUUAUUAUGAGAGUCAAUGUUUUAUUGAACAGUACAAAGACUUAUUGAAUGUGGAUGUAAAUACCCUUCAAUCAGAAAUGCUUGUGGUAAAAAACUGUGUGUCUCGUAGAAACCCCAAUUUCACUUUGGAAGAUAUCAAAUUAAUCAUGGAUGCAGAGCUUUAUCCUAAUUUAUAUAAACUGUUAUCAUUAUCUUUAACAAUUCCAAUUAGCUCUGCAACAUGUGAAAGAUCAUUCUCAGCAAUGAGAAAGAUUAAAAAUUGGCUUCGAACAUCUAUGAAUCAAGAUAGAUUUACAAAUUUGUCAUUAAUUUAUAUAGAACGAGAUUUAUCAAAUGAAUUGUCCAACGAAAAAAUAUUAGAUACAUUUGCAAUUUCUAACCGAAAGUUACAAUUAUAA